CGUCAAGAAGUCCUGCAAGUCGCAGUCAGGACUGAUGCUGCCCGACAAGGACGCCGUGCGAUCCCGAUUUCCCUGCGGAUUGUCCAUUCUGUGCGCUUCAGUAAGAACAAACAAGCACAAGGAGAAGACUGCAGCUUGAAGGGAAAACGUUGACUGCCAGGGGUCGGUUCGAUUACUGUAAUGUUUGUGUACCUAUCUGUGGCACGUGCAACAACAGUGAUAAGAAAGGGGCUACUCGGAGGAGUGGCCAAGCGAAGUUCCAUCGUGAGCGAUUGCGAUAAUAUUCUUUCUGUAGAAGUAGUGGAAAUGGGCUACGACUUCCGAUUUAAUUCUUGCGGUAGCUUCGACGACACGUGAGCAAUAAAAAUAAUUUUAAGGGGAUAAAAAAUUAAUUUGUUCUGAUCCAUUUUAUGACGACUGUUGUUUAAUUAACCUAUCGUCGAAGAGGAGCGGUUUUAAGUUCCCAAUCCAUUAUCCAUCAAAACAGGAAGCAGUUGAAUACAGUACUGUAUUUACUAAUGGGUAAUGGCAAUGGAAAACUGCAUCGCUGGAAUGGCAGCAUCUCCACUGCUCGUAAUGGACUGUUUGCAACUUUGUGCAUCAGUUGUUGUUUUGAUUUUUCUAUACUUUUGAGUUUUGAUUUUCGAAAACACAGUAAGUACAUCAAGUUUCUGGUCAGAUAAAUCUGCACUCGUCAGAUCUUCAAAAGUCUAAAAUGUGUGAAUUUCUACGGAUGUGGACGGUUACUGCAAAGUUGUGAACUGCUGACAUCGUAAGGCAGUGCGUCACGCUCAUCUUCGAAGUACAGUACUAAUACUUUAAUCAGUAGUCGCUAGCUGUAGUUCCUCACUUCUUGAUUUGGAAUUGCGAAUCCUCCCGGGCUUAAUGACAUCUUCCUUAUUUCCCCCUCAGUAACCUGAAAAUUCUCGUCGAGCUCAGUAUGAACGCGAUACACCAGAGCCUCUCCCAGUCAGCCAUGGAGCCGCCUUCGAUCGCCAUCACUGCCGCCAUGGCUGUUGCUCCUGCGGGUCCGCUGCAGCCAGCGCAGCGGAAUCAGGUACGCCUGAUGGAUCUCCUCGACAUGCUCAUCCAGCGCGCUUACCACGAUCUCAUCCUGCUGGCCGAGGUAGACCUGGCCUACAGCGCCCGCAAGACCGAUAUGGACCGUAAGCUGGAGAUCAUGCAGUAUCUGUCGCGGACGCGCAACUUUUUUAUGCGCUUCCUGGCGCUUCUCAAAUGGUCCUCCAAUAUGACCAAAGUCGACAAGUGCUUUCACAUUAUCAAUACGCUGGAGGAGCAGUCUGCGUUGUUUGUGGAGACUGCCGAUGUGCUGGCACGAUUGUCGCGUGAGACGCUGUCCAAUUCCAAAUUGCCUUGCUAUCAGGUGUCCUUCGCGGUGGACGUGCUCAACUCACGCACCUGUCCGCGACUUCCGGCCUGUAUCAAAGAUAAGAUCAUCGCGCCGGAAGCGCUGACCGAGGAAGAGACGGCGGAGACUGUCUGGGAGUUGGAGAACGCGCUGAUGUACCGACUGGUCACUAGUGACCGGCCGCCGUUGCCCAUGCGCCACUUUACCGUGGGCAACGGUCGCGUGGUGUUCAGGGUGGAAGGGGAAUUCAGCGUGGCCAUGGCGGUGAUGGGAGAUGACAAGUCGAUGCCCUUCUUUAUCCUCGAUAUCGACAUACUCGUGGAGCACCGCCGCGUGGGCGACGGGAAGCCCCUGGUGCACGCGCAGCAGAUAAAUUACGUCAAACAGCUCAUUCAGACGCGGAUUAUGGACUGCGAGCAGCCGCUCGAUGAGGUCUACAACAUUCUGCACAAUUUCUGCCAGAGCCUGAAACUGGAAGUUCUGUACAGUCAGGUGUCCAAAUACAUGGUCAACACCGGUAUCGACUACUAUCGUAUCGAGUUGUACAAACCCAGUCACUCGUUGACGCUGGCCUACUGGGAGGAUAACACGAAAAAAAUACCAGGCACCCCGUCUCAUACCGUCACCAUCGCUCUGCCGGCCGACGACGAUCCCAGCCCUGACUUUGUAGUACAACACACCCCGCCGCUCCUAAAAGUUCCGCUGCGACAGCUGGACAUCCAGGAGUGCCUGAUGGGAGUCAUCCACACCCGCGUCAAGGAGCGUCUGCGUCGUGUGGAGAAGGAGGUGGGCCGGUAUCUUGCCUGUCGCUCUGAGGGGCUGCCGUGCCGGGUGGCGGUGGAAAUGGGCCACGCCGUGGUGUGGAUCGGGAUCAACUACUACACUGGAUUUUUUAACGUGCGGGUGGAUUGCCUGAAGGACAGUGUGUAUGUACGGCGCGUAGAGGACUAUCUAAACAGCACGGCGGUGUGGAAAGUGGACAGGUUAGUGGGGUUGCUGCGAGAGGUGUACCUGGACGUGGUGAUGACCGUGGUGCGAGGAUUGGCACAUAAUGCCAUGAUCCUCGAGCAUCCCCGACUGUUGCCGCAGGCCUCGGAGGUCUUCCGCCGCUAUGAGCAGCUGGGACCACAUAGCGCCCUCUUCCGUUUCCAGAAAAAGAUUGAGACGACGGCACUGCUGGCCAUCUCCGCCCACCUCGACCCCACCGUCCCCGAUCAUGUCCGCAUUGACUAUCACGUGUUGUUAGUGGAACCGCAGGGUUUGGUGUUACGGGUGGCGGGGAUGAUGUCCCGUGAGCAGAUGGAGCAGGAUCUAGCGCGGGAGACCCCUAAGAGCGUCCCUGAAGUGAAGAAACUGAAUCCAUUUGAUGUGCUGAAGCAGCGGUUGGCCGUGAUGAAGGCGGUGCGCAGUGGGGCAGUCAAGUUCGACGGUGGGAAGCGGUUCUGUCCCCGGGCAUUGGAGGGUAUGGAGGGAAUCAUCGUGGAUAUGGCGGAGAUGAGUAUGUUUGGGGAUCUGCGAGCGGUUUUGAAGGAGAAGGGCUGGGCGGUGUUGGGUGUCCGGCGGGGCGCCGGAAAUGUCGGACUGGAGAUGCGGCUGCGUCCCGCGGAGGCGGAGAUCCGCGGAGUGUCGUGGCGCCGCAUGGCGCGUUUGAACGUCACCUCGACGUCGUGCUGGUUUGUGGAUGUGGCGCUAACGGGUGUUCCCUUCCAAAAAAACGAGGACGUAAUGCACACCACCCUGGCGUACGAGUCCAGCGUCCAGGCGGAGAACGUGGUGGAUUCGUUCGGGUACGAAUAUCACGCCAUGGUCAGUCUGCUACGCAUAAUGCAGCGUUUCCACAAGUUUGUCCAGUCGCGACCGGCAUCACUGGAGAAUUGGGAUUAUGAUGUGGAAUACACGGUGAAGAUGGUGAAGAUCAGUUACGGCGUGAAUCGGGAGCUGAUGAUGGUUCUGGCGUGGUCCGGUGGGACGCGGCGGUUGCUGCUGGAAUUCGGGACGCGCAGCGGGAACAGUUACAAUCCCCAUCGGCAUCUACAGGCGCGAUUGGGUGAGCUGCUGAACCGCGGCGAUGUACGCAAUGUGCACCGAGUACAGUUUGCGCGGGUGGUGGAAUUAGUGGCCCUUACCACGCCGCUGGUGGUGGGAGCCCGAGCGGUUAUGCGGCCUGUGGGGCUCAAUAUGUCCCGCUUCCCGCGGCAUUUGCCGCCACAGAGCCAGUUUCAGUUGGUCCCGUUGUCCUUGGCUCACUACGUUGCCUGCUGGAAAUCCACCUACGGCAUUUUAAUCCAUAUCCAGCCGGGUCGCCGUCCACUGGUGAAGGAUCUAGGCGUCCUGGGUGGACCAUGGCAGUCAACGCCGCAUCUGAAAGCGCUGGUGGAGCAUGGCGAUGGCGAUGUGACGCACAUCAAGACGGAGCCCGGUCUGCCCAUAUUGCCGCCGCUGGAUGCCGACGUGCAGCUGUCCAUGGAGCGCUUUUUUGCCUCUCUUCGCGCCUCCCAGCCGCAUGUUGUGGAAGGACCCGGCAGAAUUCUACGGGCUGGACAAUAAGAAGAGAGUUGUAUUAAUCGAGUUUGCCGCCAGUAGUUUUUGAGGCAUUUUGGGAAUGUCGUUGUAAUUAAGUAAAUAUUAUUGAUUUUCGUUGUCAGUAUGUUUUUGACGGGUCGGAAUUUUUUAUUUAAGCUGAUUUCAGGACCGUUGCUUUGUGAGUUCAUAGGAAUACAUCUCAAUAU